AAGCAGAGAUAGAGAAACCAAAAAAAUCAAAGAUUGGGUCACGGAAAAGGAGUUGCGAACCUCUUUCUCUCUUGUCCGCGUUUGAGGAAAGAGAGAGCAGUACUCUUAACUUCGACUCUCCUUUAUAAAGUCCUCAAAGCCCUCACACAUUCUGCAUCAUUUCAUCAACAACAAUGGCUGUAAAGAAAGGCAAUUGGAGAUGCAUCAUUACAAGCUGUUACUUGGCUCAUGAUGAUGAGAAUCAGACAACAAAGCCUUGUAAGAAAAAACCAAGGCAGGUCACAGAACACAGUUCAUUGCAGCAAAGACUUUCACUUUCCGAUUUGAGUUAUCCCAGCUCAACACUCACAGAAGAUCUUUCAAUCUCUCUUGCUGGUUCAAACCUUCAUGCGUUUACGCUCGCGGAGUUGAAGGUGAUUACACAGUGUUUUUCAUCAAGUAACUUCCUUGGUGAAGGUGGGUUCGGACCAGUGCACAAAGGAUUCAUUGAUGAGAAGCUUAGGCCCGGAUUGAAAGCUCAGCCGGUGGCGGUCAAGCUGUUAGACUUGGACGGUUCACAGGGUCAUAGGGAGUGGUUGACUGAAGUGAUCUUGUUGGGGCAAUUGAGGCAUCCACAUCUUGUGAAGCUAAUUGGGUAUUGUUGUGAAGAUGAGCACAGGCUAUUGGUGUAUGAAUACAUGCCAAGAGGGAGCUUAGAAAAUCAGUUAUUUAGAAGAUAUUCAGUGUCGCUGCCAUGGUCGACGAGAAUGAAGAUCGCGCUUGGAGCUGCAAAGGGGCUAGCCUUCCUUCACGAAGCAGAGAAAUCUGUAAUCUACAGAGAUUUCAAAGCUUCAAACAUAUUGUUAGACUCUGAUUACACUGCCAAAUUGUCCGAUUUCGGUCUGGCGAAAGACGGUCCAGAAGGAGAUGAAACUCAUGUUUCCACAAGAGUUAUGGGCACUCAAGGUUAUGCUGCUCCUGAAUACAUGAUGACUGGUCACUUGACAUCAAUGAGCGAUGUGUACAGUUUUGGAGUGGUAUUAUUGGAGCUAUUAACAGGAAGAAGAUCAGUAGACAAGAACAGACCACAAAGAGAACAGAUUCUAACAGAGUGGGCAAGGCCAAUGUUAAACGAUCCGCGAAAACUGAACCGAAUCAUGGAUCCAAGGCUCGAAGGCCAGUACUCUGAGACCGGGGCUCGAAAAGCUGCACGAUUAGCUUAUCAGUGUUUAAGUCUCAGGCCUAAACACAGACCAAUGAUGAGCACUGUUGUGAAGACAUUGGAUAUUCUAAAGGACUAUGAUGAUAUUCCAAUUGGUCCCUUUGUGUAUACAGUGCCAAUUGAGUCAGAUAAACCCAAAGAAUCUGAAGCACCAAGGGACGUGAAGAAGGAGAGCAAUGACCGCCAUUAUCACUGUCACGGAUCACCUACAAGGUCUCAAAUUGUUCAUUCAGACACUGGUUUGCAAAGCAGUGGAGUUCAGUCUCCAUUGCACACAAUAGCCAUGGGAGCUUAGAUUGAUUAGUUUUCAAGCAUAGAAAAUCAAGGUGUAAAUAUAGAUUUGGGUAAAGUUUACAUAUUUAUUUGCUGGGCAUUGUUUAAAUUAGUUGAAUUUUUGUUUUUUGUUUUUUUUUUUCCCAAUUGUUAUUUGGGAUUGUGUGUGAAGAUGAAGACUAGUUCAACAAGGACUGGUCAUUUUGGAAUAGAAAUGUAUUUUGAGUAGAA